AUGAAUUCGGACUCAGCUCUUAUCUCGCUCGCUGAAGAGCAAAAUUUUAUUCCGAACUUAGCCAGAUUCUCCGGGGUCACAGUAGUGAUUUACAGCUAUAUGAUAAGCAUCGAAGAUGAGUCUACUAGUAGGAAGAACUUCAAGAUGGCGCUUGUCUACGCUGGGCUUCGUUAUGGUGGUAUAUUUUGGUCAAUUUCAAAAAUUCGGUUUUAUUAUCUCUACCCAAGGAACAAGAUCAAUGUUUUGAACGAAGUUUCAUCGUGGAUUAUAAUAUUCUUACUGCAAGGGAUGAUGGCAUUGCGAGUUUACAUACUCUUCGGAAAGUCUCGGCGCCUCAAACUUGCCUUGGGAAUCACCUUCGCCACCGUACAAUGCAUCAAUAUUCUAAAUGGGCUCAUUUGGGUCGUGGACACCAUAAGGUUCUCGCCUGAGCUGUCAGACAGAAUAAAGAUUGUUACAACCCCUCUGGUUGAUUGGGCAGUUCUCCUCUUCGAAGUCAUUAUGUGCAUCAUGAUUCUGUACUACACCGCUGUCCACCUCAAAGACAGCUGCGUUACGCUACGGACACGAACAAUUGGUCGUCUGGCUACAGCACUAAUCAGGGGAAACAUGAUCUACUUUCUUGUCAAUACAGCAGCGAGCUCCAUCGAUAGACCGGAGCAUGAGAGAGAUGUGCAGGGUUCCAACCUAACUGAUUUGCCGACGUUGCAAUUUGCCACUGUGUCGGGAAUCGAGGACGGAAGUUAG